UUCAGUGCUGAGAAAACUAGGGAAGAUGGCGGACGGGGUGAACGUCGGAGUGAAUUUGGAUGCUUUCUCCCAUGCCAUCAGCGGCAUCCAGGCGCUCCGCUCCAGCGUGAGCCGUGUGUUCGAGUCCCUGAAGGAUGGCAUGAAGAACCGGGAGACCCUGGAGGGUCGAGAGAAGAAGUUUAUCGCUGAGUUCCAGGACAACCUGCAGGCAGUCAACAGAGACCUGAAUGAGUUGGAGCGGCUCAGCGGUCUGGUUGGUCGCCCCUCAGAGUCCCAUCCUCUCCAUAACAGCGGCCUUCUCAGUCUGGAUCCAGUUCAGGACAAAACGCCUCUCUACUCACAGCUGCUGCAGGCCUACAAGUGGUCCAACAAGUUGCAGUACCAUGCUGGUUUGGCCUCCAGUUUGUUGAAUCAACAGUCACUCAAACGAUCGGCCAAUCAGAUGGGUGCUUCAGCCAAGAGACGACCCAAAGUCCAACCCAGUACUCUAGUGUUACCUCCUCAGUACGUGGAUGACGUAAUAUCUCGGAUCGGUAGGAUGUUUCCAGAUAUGACCAUCGAGCUGUUCAGACCAAACGGAACAUCUGCUGUACUGCUGGUGACCCUUGGGAAGGUGUUAAAGGCGAUCGUUGUGAUGCGCUCACUUUUCAUUGACAGAACGGUUGUUCGAGGAUACAACGAGAAUGUUUACAAUGAGGAUGGAAAGCUUGACAUCUGGACUAAGUCUCAAUACCAGGUGUUUCAGAAGGUAACAGACCAUGCCACCACCGCCCUACUGCACUACCAGCUGCCCCAGAUGCCGGACGUUGUGGUCCGAUCCUUUAUGACCUGGUUGCGAAGCUACAUUAAACUCUUCCAGUCUCCCUGUCAGCGAUGUGGUCGUUUUCUGGCGGAUGGACUUCCUCCAACAUGGAGGGAUUUUAGGACUCUGGAAGCGUUUCAUGACACCUGUCGCAUGUAGGGGGGAAAAAACACUUCUAGUCUAUCUCUUUAUGUACCUAACGCGUUUGGGUUUUUUUGUUUGUAUUUUUGUAAAGAAGUUUUAUUAAAUUUUGAUUUAAUUUUCUUA